CUGGAGGCACGCUCAUGCUGUUUGGAUUUCAAUCUGUGUAGCGAAGAAACAUGACAACAAUGAAAAACUUUGUUUUAAUCUGCAUCCUGGCAGCCCUGUCAACAACGGAAGCACAUUCCUCCUUGUCUUCAUCGUCCUCCUCCUCUUUGUCCUCGUCCUACUCGUUUUCAUUCUCCUCGUCCUUAGAAAGUUCAGGAGGGAUGUGUCUGAAUGGAGGCAGCUCUGUCCCAUCGUUGUCUUCUGGUGAACACAUGUUUUGUUUGUGUGCUGACGGUUUUGAGGGGAGACACUGUGAAACAGUGAAAGGCGCUCAGUGCUACGAGGGUGUGGGGCUGUACUACAGAGGCACGGUGUCUCAAUCAGAGAGAGGACGGACAUGUGAAGAGUGGGAUUUAGACACCAGGCGGCUGUACUUGUCUUCAGAUGUCAAUUCAGGGAGGCACAACUACUGCAGAAAUCUUUACUACAAACGGCGUCCGUGGUGUAAUGUGUGGAAAAACCAGCGGCUGGUGUCGGAGUAUUGUGAUAUUCCACGUUGUGUCUUUGAGACAUCCCCACCAUCGCCGGCCCCCACUGAUCCAGAGCCAGCUGCAGAGUCGACAUGUGGCCAGCGCUCCAGGAGAAAGCACAUGAAGAUCGUGGGUGGAACAGUUGCCACCGUGGAAUCUCACCCGUGGGUUGCUGCCAUAUUCUGGCGCGGCAAAUCCAAGAAGAAGGUUUUCCGCUGCGGGGGGAGUCUGAUCUCUGCCUGCUGGGUGCUCACAGCUGCACAUUGCUUCCCUGAUGGCUCUCACACCAAAGUGCACCGCUUCUCCGUCAUCCUGGGGAAAAAUGUUAUGAAUGAAACCGACCCGAAUGUGGAGCAAACCUUCAGGGUGGAAAAAAUCAUCGUCCAUGACGGGUUUGACAACAGUGAGGGGAACUUCAACAACGACAUCGCUCUGGUGAAGCUGAAGGCCACACAUGGAAAGUGUGCAGAGGAGAGCGGCUCGGUGAAGACUGUGUGUCUGCCGCCCGCUCAGCAGAACCUCCAACUAGGAGUCACCUGUGAGAUCGCUGGAUAUGGGAAAGAGGAAUUUGGCUUGUGGUAUAAGUCUCGGUUCCUCCGAGAGGCUGAGGUGAACAUCCUCGCCGACGACGUGUGUCGAAACGAGGACUAUUAUGGAAACAUGAUCAGUGAUAACAUGUUUUGUGCCGGUCGUCCCGAUUGGAGCCAGGAUGCCUGCGAGGGAGACUCAGGAGGGCCUCUGGUGUGCGAGGCUGGCAGCAGGCUCUUCCUGUUUGGGGUCAUCAGCUGGGGCGACGGCUGCGCAAAGGAGAAGCGACCUGGCGUUUACACCAAAGUCACCAAUUACAACCGAUGGAUAGAAGAGAAGACGGGGCUGCCGUCCAUCGCUGCUGGCUCCAUGUUUCCUCAGAAGUGAAGCUGAGGAGCUGAACUGUUACUACUGCUGCUCUUCCAUCAUUUUCUUGGUAGCCUUAAAGCAGGGGUAUUCAACUAAAAUUCUAAGAGGUCCAGUUAGAGAAUAUUUCCGCGAGCAAAGGUCCGGAGCAUCAUAAUGUGUAACCUGCGUUAUGAAUUAGUGUGAGAUAUAUUGAAGUAGUAGAACUAGUAGCUGUAUCAACAUCUGCACGUCAUCAGCAGCUGACUGUCACAUCUAAUAAAGAAAGUACAAUUAAAAAACAUUUAGACAAUAUGUAUUGUCACUUAACAUUGAACUAUACAGAUAUAUAUAUAAUACUGUAGAUAUGUAUA